GUGAGAAGAAACGGAAAAGAAAGGAGGGUCCCGUGCGGACGUCUCGCGAUUCCGAGGCUGGCAGCUUGCUUUGGCUGAGGAUCCCCUGCGCCCGGUCCCGCCGAGUGCCUCCCGCGACUCGCGCGCCCCUCCAGGCAGCGCAAAUGGACCUGAUACCCGGCUCCUGCCCCCGCUGCUGUCCUUGCUGCCUUCGACUUCUGCCACCCGCCAGACCGGCGACCAUGGGUCUGGAGCUCUACCUGGACCUGCUGUCCCAGCCCUCCCGCGCUGUCUACAUCUUCGCCAAGAAGAACGGCAUUCCGUUCCAGCUGCGCGCCGUGGACCUGCUCAAAGGUCAGCACCUAAACUCGGAGUUCCUCCCAGCUAACAGCCUGCAGAGGGUGCCUGUCCUCAAGGAUGGUGACUUCCUCUUGAAUGAAAGCGUGGCUAUCCUGAUUUACCUGAGCAUUAAGUAUCAGACAGCGGAUCACUGGUACCCAUCAGACCUGCAGGCCCGCAUGCGCAUCCAUGAGUACCUGGGCUGGCAUGGUGACUGCAUCCAUAGCACCUUUGGUGUGUCCUUGUGGGCCCAGGUGCUGGCUCCACUCAUUGGGAUUCAGGUGUCUGAGGAGAAGCUGAAGCACAACAGGGCUGCCAUGGACAGGGCCCUGCAGUUUAUGGAGGACAAGUUCCUGAGGGACAAGGCCUUCCUCACUAGCCAGCAGGUGACGCUGGCGGACAUCAUGGCACUGGAGGAGCUGAUGCAGGUUGUGGUUCUUGGCUGUGACCUGUUUGAGGGACGGCCACGACUGGCUGCCUGGCGCCAGCGAGUGGAGGCUUUCCUGGGUGCUGAUCUGUGCCGGGAGACCCACAGCUUCAUCUGGAGCAUCCGGGAGCUGGCAGCCAACAAAAAACUCCCGGAUCCUCCCCCAGAAAUGCGUUCAAGAAUGCUGCUUCGUAUAGCCAGGAUCCCCUGAAGGGUGUGAAUAAGGUCGAUUGGGGUCAGAAUAUUGGUAGUGUUCAUUCUCUUCUUGCUUUUCAUCUUUUGUCCCUUUUCAUCUACUUGUCCCUUUUCAUCUUUUUCAUGUUGUCACAGUCUCUUGUCUCCGACUCCUAGAGGAGCUCUUCACAGGUGGGACAUUGGGUGUCCUUGGCAGUGCUUCUCCUCAGGUGCACCAGAUGUAAUCAGUAGAAAAUUAGAAGUUACCAUAUGUAUAUAAAGAGCUCCUAAAAUUCAAUAACAUGAAGAAAAAGAAAGCAACUAAAAAUCAGCAAAUGUCAUCAUUGGUCUUUUAAAUGUAGUGAAGAUUCUGAUACUUUAAUACAGAACCAAGAUUCUGAUACUUUAAUACAGAACCAAGAAUUCUUGGUUUGCCCUAACUGGUGUGGCUCAGUGGGUUGAGUGCCAUCCUGUAAGCUGAAAGGUCACUGGUUUGAUUCCCGGUCAGGGCACAGGCCUGGGUUGCAGGUUUAGACCCCAGUUGGAGCAUCUAUGGAAGGCAGCCAAUCGCUGUUUCUCUCUUACCUCGAUGUUUCUCUCUCUCCCUUCCCUUCUCUCUAAAAUCAAAAAUGAAAAAAAGAGAGCCCUGGCUGGUGUGGCUCAGUGGACUGGGCGCUGGACUGUGAACCAGAGUCACUAGUUCGAUUCCCCAUCAGGGCACAUGCCUGGGUUGAGGGUCAGGGUCCCUGUGGGGGGUGCUCAAGAGCAACCACACAUUGAUGUUUCUCUCCCUCCCUUCCCCUCUCUCUAAAAAAAAUAAAUAAAAUCUUAAAAAAAAAGAAAAAGAA